AUGCACUCCGUCCAUGAGGACAGGCAUGAAACAGUGGAGGAAACAACUAACCUGGAAAUAGUAGAGGAAACCGGGCAUGAAAGCGUAAAUGAAACCAUGCAGGAAACAUUAGUUGCUGAUGAUGUUGUGGAUGCACUAGACCAGAUGAUACGUGAUGGGGAACCAGACUUUCUUGACGAAAAGAAUCUGAAGAAGUUGGAGCAGAUGAGGAUAGAUGCAAGAACACCACUUUACCCAAGUUGCAGCGUGUCUAAACUUGAAGCAAACCUGAUGCUAAUGGUGAUGAAGUCUAGUAAUGGUUUUUCAGACAAGGGAUUUGAUGAUUUGUUAAGCUUAUUGCAGAAGUUGCUGCCAAGCCCUAACGGGUUGGCUAAAAACACAUACCAGGCGAAGCAAAUGAUUUGCCCAAUGGGACUGGAGGUACAAAAGAUCCAUGCAUGCCCUAAGGAUUGCAUCUUGUAUCACGGCAAAUAUGAAGACUUGGAUGCAUGUCCAGUGUGCUCAGCUUCACGGUACAAAUGUCCUGAAUCGGCAUUGUCAAUGAAAGGUGACCGUAACAAACGACCACCUGCCAAGGUCGUCUGGUAUUUUCCUAUCAUUCCUCGUUUGAAACGGUUGUUUGCAAAUGCGAAGGCUACUAAGCUGAUGAGGUGGCAUGCCGAAGAUCGACUCGUUGAUGGGAAUCUCAGACACCCUGCAGAUGGUUCACAGUGGAGAGCUAUCAACUACAAAUACAAGAAUCGGUUUGCAAAGGAAAUAAGAAACAUAAGAUUCGGUUUGAGUACGAAUGGGAUGUGUCCUUUUAACAUGGUGAGCAGCAAACACAAUACGUGGCCUGUAACUCUUUGCAUAUACAACCUUCCUCCUUGGUUGUGUAUGAAGCGGACCUACAUCAUGAUGCCAUUACUAAUCCAAGGGCCAAAACAACCUGGAAAUGAUAUCGAUGUGUAUUUGGAACCACUGGUGGAUGAUCUAAUGAAGUUGUGGAACGAUGGUGUCAAGGUGUGGGAUGAGUACAAGCGAGAACACUUCACUCUGAAGGCAAUGUUGUUUGUAACAAUCACAGACCUUCCCGGCCUUGGUAGCUUAGCAGGCCAAGUAAUGAAGGGUUACAAGGGAUGUGUGGUUUGUUUGGAUGAUACCGACGCAAGAUGGUUGAAGAAUAGCAACAAAAUGGUUUACAUGGGUCAUCGUAGGUUCCUUCCAAAGGCUCACCCAUAUCGCCGGAACAAGAAAUCCUUUGAUGGUACAAGGGAUGAACGUUUACCUCCCAAGUUUCUAGAUGGGAAGGAGAUAUACAAGAAGGACUUGAUUGUUCGUCACGCACUUGAUGGCAUGCAUCUAACUAAAAAUGUUACCGAGAGCACGCUCGGAACAUUAAUGGCCAUGAAAGGUAAAGGAAAAGACUCACUUGAAACUCGACAGGACCUGCAAGAUAUGAAUGUCAGAAGUGAGCUGCAUCCAAUUACUCAACAUGAUGGGAAGACGAAGCUUCCGGUUGCAUCUUGGACCUUGGAUAAAAUUGAGAAAAGGAAAAUUUGUAGCUUCUUCCACGAACUCAAAGUGCCAACGGGCUACUCAUCAAACAUCAGAAGGCUUGCGAACAUGAAGGAGUUAAAGUUCAACAUGAGCUGCAUGAAGGCCCAUGACUGCCAUGUCAUUAUGACACAGUUGCUCCCAGUUGCUCUGAGGGGCGUGCUUCCCGUGAAGGUCAGAGAUCCGAUCAUAAAGUUGUGCUCAUUCUUCAACGCAAUCUCACACAAGGUCAUAGACCUAAACACACUUGACAAGCUGCAAGCAGACCUGAUUCACUCAAUUAAUCGGCUCGAGAUGCAUUUUCCACCAACUUUCUUUGAUAUAUCAGUGCAUCUUAUCACUCACCUUGUUGCCCAGAUAAAAGCUCUUGGUCCAAUCUUCUUGCAUCAGAUGUUUCCUUUCGAGAGGUUGAUGAGUGUUCUAAGAAAAUAUGUUCGGAAUAGAUAUCGUCCAGAAGGGUGCAUGGUUAAUGGAUGGUCUAUAGAGGAGGCAGUUGAGUUCUGCACAUACUACCUGGAUCUUAAUAGAAUGGGAGUUCCAGUAUCUCGUCAUGAGGGAAGGCUGGGGGGCAGAGGUAUGAUUGGUGAGCAAUCAGUUCGUAUCGAUGACCUGGCUAGUUUUAAUCAGGCACAUUUCACCGUUCUGCAGCAGGCAUCUGUAGUCUCACCUUAUAUUGAAAUGCACAAGAGAGAACUACAAGAUCUUUUGGCCAUCGGUCCAUCUAGUACGGUCCUAAAGUUCCAAGGAUAUGAGAUAAAUGCAUACACAUUUUACACUAGAAAACAAGAUGAGAAAAGCACCAACCAAAAUAGUUGUGUCCGUAUCGAUGCUUACAACGACAAUCGUCAAUUGGAGACAUAUUAUGGGUUCAUAUUAGAGAUAUGGGAGCUAGAGUACGGACCACUAAAAAUCCCUCUUUUUCGGUGCCAGUGGAUCAAGCUUCCUAAGGGUGUGUUCACGGACAAGUACGGCAUGACGGUCGUUGACCUCACCAACAUAGGGUAUAGGGAUGAACCAUUCAUAUGGGCUAAAGAUGUAGUCCAAGUCUUCUAUGCAAAGGACCUAGCGAAUGAGGGCAAACAUGUGGUGCUGCAAGGGAAAAGGAAGAUCGUCGGUGUUGAAAAUAUGACCAAGGAUGAAGAGAAGGGAUUUCAGGACAUGCCUCCACUUGGACCCGUUAUCGACCUACCUGUGUUUGAAGAGGGAGAAGAACCAACUUAUGUGCGACUUGAUCAUAACGAGGCCCUCAUCGUCAAUUGA